UUAAUUGUCAAAUACAGAAAAAUGUAUCAAUCUGUUGCUGUGGAGACCAAGCUGAUUCAGAGGAGGAAUGAUGCAUUGCAUUUGCCUCUAGGCACUGGUGCAAAUACAGCUGUAAUAGGGACUAACUGAAAGUUGUUGCUGCUGGUUGUGAAGUAGCCCAGUCUGUUUCCUAAUAGGCUUUCAUCUCCAUCACAACAGUGACCACUAAGAGGCAGUUAUAUGGAAGUUUUGUUUAGUGGCUUCAGCAGAAAGGCCAAGUAUAGAAUGGGCUAAAGAAUGAACUACCUUCUCACAUCUAAAGAUGGUCUUUUCAAUUCAGGAUUGGGACAUGCUCGUGGGGCAGAGGGGGGAGAGAUGCAGUGCCCAUGCUAUAUUUGUUUUGUGGAUAAAUUGAAGACCUCUGUCUCCAGAGUUGUAAGGCUAGCAUCUUUCAUCACAUCUCCUACAUGGCCCCGCAAAGUCUUGCCAGCCUUCUCCUGAUACUGGCUAAAAUCACCAUUCACCAGUCCAGGAGAGGGAAAUUUCUCUGUGGCUGUGAGACCUGUUUCCUGGCACAUUAUCUGUGUGAAUACGGGCAGCAUGACCACUCACUCCUUGGAUUCUUCCUUGGAGUAGUGGGUAUUGUCCAGCACGUUCUCUGUGCGGUGUUCCUUUCUCACUACCAUGUUUUGAUCCCCUGUGACCUGUUUUUUGUGUGUUCCUUGUAAAUAGUUGAUUUCUGGGUCCUGUGGUUCUUCCUUUCACCUGAGAGGGGCAGACCUUACAUCAUUUGGUGGGCUUUGCUUGCUGAUCCAGCUAUCAAACCAGCUAGCAUUUUAGUUGAGAACUGAGCAGAAGAAGGAUCUGUACAAGUGUUUUUUUAAAUUGUUAUAUAAAUUGCUUUAAAACAUGAAAUUAACUUUUAAUGGAAUGAUUAAAUGAGCAACAUUAUACAAUUUAAUUGUAUUUUAAUGGUUUGUCUAAAUUUCCUUUUUAAAGAAAACUAAAACUUUUAAAAUGUUAUUUCAAAGUAUCUUCUUUAAGAACUUGGAAAAAAAUUAAGAAAAAUCUUAUUUAUUUCACAUCUACGUACAAAAACGGAGCAGAAAUUGAAGGCUUCCUCUUUACUCCUCCAGGAGACUUGGCUUCAGUGGCUUUGAUAAUUUUAAAAAUUCUCUUCUUAUUCCUCUCACAGAAUUUAAAAACUCCAUCGUCUUUGCUAACAGAGAUUAUUGUUUCCUUCAAUGAGAGCUAUUUGGUUUACAGUAUGCGCUUCUUCCUUAACCGUAGUUGUAGGUCUGAAGGCUUUGUAAGAACUGUGAAGCUCCAUAAUGGUCAGCAUAGAGCUUGCAAUCUAUGGACCUUGAAAGUUCAGUGCUGACUUAUUAUGACAUUUAUAAUCCUUUAUAGAUCAGAUGGGGCCUUUGGAGCUUGUAACUGUGUAGUGGUGAUGGUGGAAUUUACAAGAUAUUCAGGUUUGGUCUGUAGACCCUGUAGUACAUGGACUAUGUCUGUACACCUUGUAAGCAAAGUAGGCACUGCCCAAGGAUUUUGUAAGCUCUACUGAUAGCAAAGCUUCAGAGGUUUACAAUAUACAUAUAUCCAGAGAGAGAGAGACUGAAAAAAUAGGAAUUCCAAAAAAGUUAAAUCAGGCCUGUGCAAUCAUUCUAUUUGGGGAUCAAGAUUUUAAAUAAACUUGCAAUCUUUAGGACAAGUUGUUUUUGCAUUUUGGAAAUUAGAACAAUUUUUAUAAAGUGAAAAUCCACCAAUUCUUUUUUUAAGUUCCCUCACUCAAAAAUGUCCUCAUUGAUAUAAAAAUUUUAUGUGAGAAAUUUUCUCUGCUGGUUUAAGAGAAGCUGAAAGGAACCCAGCAUUUUCACCCUUGAAAUUAGCUUUACUAUGAAGGUUAGAGUGCUAAGGGGGCCAAAAUUGAGUUUAGAAAAACUGUGUUACAAAUUUAAGCCCUGAUCCUGCUUGGAGAACUGCAUAGACCGACUCCUGCGUCCACAUAGAGCUCGUUCUUCAUGGGCAUCUGUCCCCACAAUUCUCAGGUAUUACUUGAUUGGGUGAGCCAUGCAUUGGUUUCAUAUUACAACAAGAAACUUGAACUGGAGGAUGAAAUUGUUGAGAAACUUUGGACAUACCUGGAUAACAUUCUACAUAGCAGAAAACUACAGAAUCUCUUAAAGGAUGGAAAGACAAUCAACCUCAGUUUUUUGAUUGCACAGGUCAUAAAUGAAAGGAUAUCAGAGUCCUGUGUUCAAAAAUCCCACGGAAAUGUUGGCACAGUGCUGAGUUGUUGCAGGGGCAUCCUUUCCACUCCGCCUCUCUCCAUCAUUUAUACAGCAAAAUGUGAGCUGAUGGUGAAUCUCCUAAGCAAGCUCUCCUGGCUGGCCUGUCAAUGGCUGACAUCCGAAGAUGCUGUGACCUCCCAGUUGUUUGAUGUCCUACAGCUGACCUUUGCUCAGUACCUCCUGAUUCAGAGGCAACAGAUCAACCCAAAUCGUGUGUUUGGGCAAGUGACCAGCCACUUGUUUCAACCAUGUCUGCUCCUGAGGCAUUUGCUUAUGGCCAGAGCGUGGACACCAGCUGAUGAUGGCCGUGUACGUCAGCAUCUGAGCCGGGAAAUCCGAAACCAAGUAGAGGCUGUGCUGCAGGCUGGGAUUUUCCAGCCUGAGCUCUUGUCCUCUUACAGAGAGGAGCUCCUGACAGAAAGGGAACCACAAGAGAAAAAGAAAAGGGCUCUUAAAACUAUUCUGAUGCCUGUCAAUACAGUGCUGUCCAAGCUCCGUGAUGCUAGCUUUUGUGAACCAACGCUCCAGGUGAUCAUAGUAGCAAAUUCAGUACCUCUGCUUUAUAAGCUCUUUUUGGACUCUUACUGUAAGGCAGAAAACCACGUGGUCUGUUUCCACAUGUUCACCAGGCUUUUUGGCUGUCUAAGGAUUUCUCACCUGCAGGAGAUGCUCUCGCCAGUAGACUGGAGCACAGAACUGCUUGCUGUGGAACAGCUCCUGAACUUGGUGCUCAGCAACGAUAUCUAUAACGUUGCCGCUGACCGGAUCAGGCACAAAGAGACCCAAUUCCAGUUUUACCACAAACUGGCAGAAAUGUUGGUGAAUCACUCACAGGCUUCCAUCCCAGCUUGGUUUAGGUGUCUCAAGGCCUUGAUUUCAUUAAAUCAUUUAAUUGUCGAGCCUGAUCUGGAUGACCUAGUGGCCUCCGCUUGGAUUGAUGCAGAGGUCUCUGAGCCACGUACAAAGAAGCCCCAGGAGACUCUCAUAAAUGCCAUGUUUCAGACUUACACAAAGCUGCGACAGUUCCCUAAACUCUUUGAAGAGGUUCUGUCUGUGAUCUGCCGUCCAGCUGCUGAUGAGUUAAGGCUGCCGGUCUUGUCUGCUGGGCUGAUGGAAAAACUUCGUGAAUGCCUCCUCGAGCUGCCACCCAACCAGAUUCUGGAUAUUUUGUUCCUCAUACUGGAGAAGUGUCAGACUCUAAUAAUUCCUGAUGUUAAAGAUGACUCUGACAUGGCACUGAAGCUGCUGUCUGUGAGCUCAGUACUGCACACUUUUCUGUUCAACAUGAAGAGUUUGGAUAAUGUCACCCCAUUACCUGUUGUCCUUCGCACUCAGAGUCUGUUGGACAAAAUGCAGAGAGAGGUAAUCCAGCCAUUGCUGGACCUAUUGAAGGAUCACUGGGCAGAGGAAAAUAAACCAGGGCUUUGGCUAGAGAAGGUCAGUGACUCUGCACUCCUCCUCGUCUACACGUGGGUGGAGCUUGACACUCUGCUUAGUAUAAACUGCAGCAAAUAUGUGUCUCGGCUGGCUGGCGCAGCUGGUGGUGUUACUGACUGUGCUGCAGAGAGCUGGGACUUCUCAGCCCUUCUCCCUGGCGUGGAUAGACAGUGUUGGAAGAGGGUAGUGAGACUCUCAAGUAAUUUCUGCUCAGCUAGUAAAUAUUGCUUAGAACUGCUCAUGCUUCAGAAAAUAAAAAAGAUCUUAAUGCAAACCAGUUUUCAGACUGAGGCUGAUCUUCACACUUUGCAGCAUGCCGCAGCUUUCAUCCUUCAUUCUGGAAGAUCAAGCAUGAGCAUGGAAGAGUCAGAACCUUGGAACGGCAACAUUAGUGCAAUAAAUGCUCUCACCUACCCAGCUGCACACUGGUACCUUGUAGUCUCAAAUCUAACAAUCCUGGUUCCUCAUCUUUCUCUGAAAGAUGUAGAGUAUGUGGCUGAUGUGCUUCUGAAGAUUUUAUCAUCAACUAAAGCUCCGGGAGUUUCCGCAGAUCAGGAUUCCUUCAUCACAGCUGAAAAGGUUUCUAAAGCUUUGCUGCAUAGUACUUUUCUUCCAGAAAUUAAGGUGCUGCACUGUGCUUUUAUAAGCCGCGUUAUUCAGCAGUGCUCUAGUGUGCUGUGUUCUGCUACUCAGGGCGUUGCAGAUCAGCCUAUUCAACAGCUGUCUGCAGAUAAUAUACCAUGGCACGAGGAAGUCCUCUCAUCUUGCAAAAUGGUUGGCAUGGUGGAAGCACAGGCAGAAAACAAUCAAUCAAAGGAUGUAGCCUUCAUUUGCUGGACAACAAUGGAAAAAAUUGCUCAACAUAUAUUGUUGUUAACAAGGGCCGGUUCCACCAUUACUUUGGAAGAAGACCAGAUAGAAAACUUUUUGCAUUUACUAGAGAUUAUUUCUGCAUUGAAACUUGACAGUCUCUUUCCUUUAGACCAUACUCGUUGUUUUCUCUUGCUGCUAUCCUUGGUAGCCAAUACCAGAGCUAACGUCUCUUGCAGUAAGUUGCUAUCACUGAAGUUUCUAAUUACCUGCUUCCGCCUCCUAACAUGCCUACAGACUGGCAGAAGUGUCAAUUCCAUCUUUAAAGUUUUUCAUGCCAGUGAUGCUCUUGAGGCUGUCGUGACCGCCCUGUUUGCAGCCAGCAAGUGCUUUGCUGAUGUUUUGACCACUCCCGACUGGGCAGAAUUUCUCCAGGUGAUCCAAACCUUUUUGGAAUGCUUUCUUCAGAUGAUAGUUGAAAAGAGGCAGAGCCUGAAACUCAAUUUGGAAAAGUUCACUUUUUUCCUAGCGAGCUGCAAACCAUAUGCUGAUGCAGACAGAGGCAAGCCCUGGAACACUGCAGUCAAUCAGCUGCUCCUAGUGCCACUAAUCACACUCUGCCAUGUUCUGACUCUGUACCUCCAGCAGCAGCCAGAGAAGAAACAGCAACUGACAGAAAUGCUGUCUGCUUUGUUGAAGCCAACUGUCCUCCAGACGGGAACAGCCAUCCAGCUCUGCCUUAGAAACCUCACCAAAGACCAGCCUUUGCCUUUGGCAUUCAUCCCAUCUGUUACAACCCUACUGAAAGCAGAUCUGAGCUACAUGUCCACAGGUGGCUUUAUGAAAAUGGAAGGUGCACAACAAAAUCCUAAAGAUCCAGGAAAAUAUCGGGAGUAUUCCCACACUGAACUGUACCAAAAGUUUUACACUCAGAUACUGAGAGAGCUGACCUCUGCAGGAGGCCAUCUCCAGUUCCUUCACUCUGCCUUGCAGUUUUUAACUGUUUUCUGCUCAGAAACAGAUCUGUAUCCUGGAGAAGAGACUGCUCUCACUGUGUUUCAUGCUGUAAAAAACCUACUUGCUGGCCCUGGAACCACAGUCCAGGUGAUUCAAGAUCUAGAAAUGCAGCUGACAGAAUUGAUGACCCAGCUCGUGGAGAGCUGCACUACUGAGGAGUUCUGUGUCAUAAUGAGGCUGGUGCUCCAAGGACUUGAAGUUAGCAAUAUUUGGAAACAAAAUCCUAAAGAAGUAUUGUCAGCUGUUACGCUAAUCAAAUUGCUGCUCAGUUGCCCAUUAACUGGAGAGAAAGAGAAAGCUUUCUGGUUUACCAGCCCACAGAUAAUCACAGCUUUAGUUAUACAAACCAAAGAGGCUUGUCAGGACCAGUUGCUGAUUCCCACCAUUGUUGUUCCUAUCCUGGAGACAGUAGCAGCCCUGCUGAGGCAAGGAGAAGAGAUUCUCUCCAAUCCCCAUCAUGUGACACUGGCAUUCAGCAUUCUUCUGACUGUCCCUCUGGAUCAUUUGAAGAUGGAGGAGUAUGGGAGCAUCUUCCUGGGAAUUCAUGAAGUGCUGUUCUCCAUACUGCAGUGUCACCCUAAGGUGAUGCUAAAAGCAGCGCCAUCUUUCCUGAACAGCUUCAAUAGGCUGGUUGUUUCUGUUAUGCACGAGGGGCGACAGAAAGGAGACAGAGGGAGCACGGAUGAGUUUGGAGUUGUAUUGAAAUGUGCACACUUGGUAGAAAGGAUGUAUAGUCACAUUGCUGCAAAAACAGAGGAGUUCACAGUGUUUUCUGUCUUCAUAGUGGCCCAAUACGUGAUUGAACUGCAGAAGGUGACCUUACAUCCAGCUGUAAAGAAACAUCUAACUGAGGGAAUGUAUCACAUCCUAGACCUUUGCAUUGAACGAGAUAUCAAGUUCUUAAAUGCAUCGCUACAGAUGGGCGUAAGAGAAGUCUUUAAGGAAUUGUACAAUGAUUAUACCCACUACCACAAAACUAAAAAACAUGGGGAGAAAAAGUACACUGCGUGAUGUAUCCUUCCUAACAUUUGCAUAAUCAGUAAGGACUUGAUCUUGUGUGGAGCUGAGAAACCUCAGCUCUGAUUGAGUUCAGGAUGAUCAACACAUUACAGGAUCAUGCCCUCAGUUGUUUUGUUAAAAGUGAAAUAUUGAAUGAUAUGUCCCUGUAUAACUGGCCUCUACAUCUAUGGUAGGAAAAAGACACACUUAGGCUUUCAGCCCUGCUGCAAUUGUGCAGAGCCCCAUUUAAAUCUCUCUCUGCAGUCUAUAUAUGUGCUACUUGUUGCAGGAUCUGGGGCCUUAUGUAGUUUUCCUGUGCAAGCAAAGAAUGUACUGAGUGAAAACCUUCAGUGAUUAUGCAACUGCCCUGCUGUCAUUUACAAUGGGGAGCAGCACUAAACAAUGGUAGUGCCCCACACCAUACUUUUUUUUUACAUUCAUGCCAAAUACAUUUAUUUGUAUGCAACUGUAAAAUAUUCAGUCAGCUUCUGUUACAAAAUUGUGUAAAUACAGAUUUUUAGAAAACCUGAAGUGGUGUUUGUAUCUGUCUGGCCAGUAAGUUUUUUCUACUGUCUCUUAUAAAGUAUUGUCAAACACUGGCCUGCUAGAAGGAGUUAUCAAAUAUCUCCUUUCCAUCAAAACCAAAACAAUUUUUUGAUUUGUUGCUGCCCUCCUGUGACUGUUUCAUGAAAUCACACAUACCUCAUUUGCACAAAUAUAUAACCAAAGUAAAUCA